GAACACCAGAGAGAGAGGGAGGGAGGGAGAGGAGUAGGAAGAAUGAGAGCGGCGGCGAAGACUCCCAGAAUGCCUAGCAGAUCCCAAGGUUGGUUUCGUGGACAAAGAAGUCAGGAAUGCGUGUUAUUUAGUCAUACAAGUUUUGUUCUGCUUACCUUUGUGACUUGUAAUGGAGAAAAGUAGUUAUUACUCGAACUUACAGCUUAAUAAAACCAGAAGGUGUAUCACAUAGACCAAUGUAAUGUUUACCACUUGGAGAUCAGCUGACAGGCUGCUGCAGGAUGUCUUUACUAAAUGGCAGUGGGUCCCCUAAGAAGAGGAAAGUUGUACAGGUGAUACUCUUAAGUGGGGCUGAAUUCAAGACAUAUGUAGAUGUCAAAGCUAAAUUCCAUGAGGUUUUCAAUGCAGUUGUCAUUCAGCUUGGAUUAAGAGAGACUGAGUACUUUGGAUUAUCUCUUUUAAAAGACGGCGAACAUCACUUUGUUAACUUGGAUGAAAAAAUUCACAAACAAGCGACAAAAGGAUGGAAGUCUGGACGAGGGGAGGGUUUUGAUAACAAAGGCAAACCUCUGUUAAUUGUCUAUUUUCGUGUACAAUUUUAUGUUGAUGAAGUUUGCUUAUUAAGGGAAAAAGUAACUAGACAUUUGUACUAUCUACAGUUGAAAGAGAAUGUUUUGAAAUACCGGCACUUCUGCAGUAAGGAACGUUGUUUCCAGUUGGCAGCUUUUGCUCUACAGGCUGAUUUUGGUAACUACUAUCCAGAAAAACAUAAAUCUGGAGACUAUUUUGAUCCUCGAAAAUAUUUCCCUGCUUGGAUGGUUGGGGAACAUGGUAAAGAAUACCUCAUUGAAAAUGCUCCCAAGAUGCAUAAAGAACAACAUGAUGUCACAAGGAAUGAAGCAGAACUGAAAUUUAUUCGAGAGUCUAUCAAAUAUCCUGCUGCUCAUAACUUACAUUUUUACCGUUUAAAGAAGAAGAAAACAGACAAAAUUUGGAAUGCAUGGCUGGGUAUCUGUCCCAAGGGAGUAGAAAUUUAUGAGGAAAUGACUGAAGAUUUCAAGAGUCUUCUCUCAACAUUUCUGUGGCCAGACAUAGAAAAGUUAUAUUUCGAUAAAAAGAAGUUUGAAAUUCGUUCAGUUGGUAAACCAGAAGGACGUAAGUUUACUUACUAUACAGACAGUGAUGCCAAAUCUAAAUACAUUCUGUCCAUAUGUCGUAAUACUCAUAUGUUCCAUUUGGAACUGGAGCCAAAAUUGAUGGAAAUUCGACACUUACAGGCAGAAGAUAAGCGAAGAUAUCGUGAAUCAUAUAUCUAUAGUGAUGCACGUGAUAUGGUAGCUAAUGGUGGUUUGGUGUGGAACACACCAUCAGGAACAGGAAGGGGUACUACUGGGGUUGUGCAACGUUGUUCAGUUGUCAGUGAUGCUAGUUCUAAUACCACAUCAGGCAUUGUUAGUGACAAGGUACCAGUAAGUUUUGAUGAAAAUGAAGAUCAUGGAAGAGAAAUCAUUAUUGAUAGUCCACCCAGGUCAAAUGUGUUGGGUACACCUAGUCAAGGACAGAACAAAUUUUCCCUCCAGCCUAGAGAAGUUCAUUCUGUACCCUCCUUAUCAGAACAUAACCUCGUGAUCUUCAGUUUUAAAGAUAUCAAAGUAUCUUUGAUGACAAUUUGGCUGAUAGAUUUAGCUGCUCAAACAACUGACAUUGUAGAAGACUUAUCACCAGUAGAUUUCCCUAAAUUUGACAGCAGGCCAAUAGAAGUGUAUAAAUCAACAGGUCGUGCUGGGAGUAGCCCCAACUCAAAGUCUGCCAGUCCGCAUUCCCCCAGCAGUUAUAGAGGCCACCUACGUCAACAACCACCCCAACCAACAGCACCGCCUCCACCUCCUCCACCACCACAACAGCAACAGCAACCACCACCACCACCUCCUCCACCAUCAGCACAGCAGCAGCAACAACAACAACAACCAUCUCCUCAACCUGGCCAACUAAAUUCUGCCACACCUUCUCCUCAACAGGUUAUAUUUAAUGGCAAGAUUCCUCUAAAGUAUGCAAUAACUGGGCCUCCAACCCCAGUGAUUUCACAACAAUCAACUCCAGGAGAAAAAUCUAGCAAGCCAGUAAGUCGGGGCGACAGCUUCAAGCAACGUUGUCUUCUCCAUGUAGAAAACAAUUCUUCAGGAGAACCAACUACUUUAGCAGUAGACAAUCCUGAUAGCACUGCUACCAACCUUUAUUCAUUACCACCUCCUCUUUCUGUUGCUCAUCCAGUCAGCUUAGACUCACGGUUGCAUCCGAAAAACAUGGUUCCACUCCCUUCUGUCAACUAUAAUUGCCCAUCAUCCAACCAGAAUCUUCCUUCAACAUCUGCUGCCAUUGAUCAUAUCGGUGGUGCAUCUUGGGCAAAAAUGGUUGCAUUGGACUCUAUUUCACCUUGUGGUGCUGGUGUAGCUUGGGGAGGUGGCGGUCUGCCACCAGGACCUCCUGAUAAAUUAAGUCCUUCACAACUGAAUAAUGUUUGGACAAAUAAUGAAUCUCCAGUUGCUGGUGCUUGGAAUAAAAACUUGACUGCCAUAUGCACUGACCAAAUGACGUGUCCCAUAUCUGCUGGGUCUCAAUGGAAAUCUAUACCAGCAGCCCCUUCUGAUCCCUCCUGGACGGCUGAUCCCAUGUGUAAUAUAGUAAAAUCUGAUCCAGUUGUGAUCCCAAUGGCAAGGGCAACAUUUAGUGCCAUUGAUGGUGCUCCAAAACAUGUUUUACCUGAUGUAUUAUUACCAGAACUUCCACCCCAGCGAACUACAGAUGCAAACCUACUGUCAGCAACAUCAGCAACCACUCCAACUAUUCCCCCUAAAGCUGCACCUACUGCUGAUGUACUGGACCUUGCUAAUCAUACACAGCAGUCAGAAUCUGUUAAUAUGCAUGUAGAGAAUGUAACAUCACCUUCAUCAAAUACAGAAGCUACAAAUAUGACCUCUAACCCUAGUGGUAACACUAACCAACUUUUGGGCAAUGUGAGGGAGAAAUCUACAAGAACUGUACCUGUUGAUUCAACUGUCGAGGGUCACAGAAAUCAGGCACCAGCCCCCGAUUCUGUUGGUCCGGUUGAUUCAAAUCUUCAUCUACACCACCCACCCACUGUAGCUGCUCUCUCACAACCUCAACAGCUGCCUGGUUCUAGCACAGCUACCUCAGAUCCUGACAGCAGUGUCUCUAAUACAGAUGCCAAACCAAAAUCACCAACCAAGAUUUCUCUGAAAAACCAAAAAGAAAUUUUACACCCAGAGUUGGAGAAAAUCAGAACUGAGGCCAACCGGAACUCGGUGCCUUUCAUUACUGCACUCUUUAACGAUCAUUUAUUAUUGAUGCAACACAGCAGCAGCAGUUUUUGCUCUACUGACACUGGCACCAUAAAAUCCACCGAUUCACGGCAUUCUACUGCAUCAAACCAUGAUAUGGAUGGUCGGCGGUUAUCUGCUUGUUAUCCGAGCAGCACUGGUACUAUGAUAAUGUGCCACUCGACACGGCCUUACAGCUGGCACAAUGAGAAGUUUGACUUGGACUCGCAGCUUGGCUACAAUGUUGGUGGCAAUGGCGCCACAUCUCCUGCGGGUCUUUCACCCAGUUACUUCAACAAUCAUCACAGUGAGCCAAACACCUUGAAUAAUUUCACCACACCUCUGCCUACCUCAUGGACUCAUUCAAUAGCAUGCAUGCCUGGAUGUGGACAGUCUUUGAAUACAUACGACCCACAGAAUAUUGCCUCUCAGCACAUGAUUCCUGCGAGGCUGUCUUGUGGUGGACAUGAUAAAAAUGAAGGCUCGAUGCCCCACAAAACUUUAAAAGAAAAUAUAGGAAUUGCAUAAUGAUUUUACACUAAUUUAUACCCUUUCCUUCUCUCUCUCUCUCUUCCUACUAUCAACAGACUUUUUAUGUUCUUUUGUAGAUAUAGUUCCUUCUUCUUAUAAUGCUCCUUCCUUGCCUGACUCCUCACCUCUCAUUCUUGGAGGGGAAUGUUGUUUCAAAGUUGUUAACAAGGUUGUUUAUUUUUCUAUCCAAUCCCAUUACACCACCCAACUAUAUCCUCAUGUAAAGAUAAAAACUAUGUAAUUUAUUCAAAAUACCAGCAAUUAAUGCUGUAAACUAACGAAAAAAAGUGGGGCUUUAUUCAUGAUUUUCUUUUCUAUUUUAUCUUGUUAAAUCAUACAAACUUAUUUUAUUAUUAUUAUUUAUUUCCUUUGUAAGAAUACAUUAAAAAAAAUGGCCAUCUUGAAAACUCACAUUUUGUUCAUGGCCACUCAUACUCAAGGUUAUUUUGAAAACAUUUCUAUAAUGUAUGUGUGUGUAUAUAUGUAUACAUAAACGUAUUCAGCAAUUUUUGAAAGCUGCUAAUUUAUGGGUGGGGGGUAAAUUUGGUGAGUUUGUAUCUUCUGAUUUAUUGAUUUAAAAAAAAAAAACACAUUAUUAUUGCAUAUUGAGCACUCUUAUGUUCUUCCUACUUCCCAGAUAUGUCGGUGUGUGUACAUAUAUACCAUACUGUAUACACACACAUUAAUAGGCAUUUACACAUACCACGCACACACACACACACACACAAUAUAUGUACAUUUAGACUUAAACACAUGUAUAUAUGUAUCGAUGGCUGUGUUUGGAAUUGGUGUUUUGUACUGUUUAAUUUUUGUGUUGCUCUAAGAAUACUAGAUAAGCUAAGCAGGGUAGAAGAACUAUGGAACUAGGUACAUGCAAAUACUACAAAGUUCAGUUAUUAGAUGAGCUUUUAAAUUUAUCAUUUGAGAAGAAAAAAUAUCAAUUCUAUAGUAUCUACAAAAUACAUAUACAUACGUGUGUUGUACACAAGUAUGUAUAUAUGUUUUGUGGUCAGACAUGUGCGUGCACACGUACACACACGCAUGCAUGCUCACACUAGCUGAAUCACUAACUCUUGCCUGAGUGCUGAAACUUGGCUCUUCAUUAUGUAGGGGUAAAAGAGACCCACCCAAAUUGUAAAAUGUCCCUGAACAUUAAUAGUCAACGUACUUCCUUCCUCUUUCACAAGGACUGUACUACCAAUUGAGGUCAUUUGAAAGUGGGAGUUUUAUUUUAUGUAUUUCAGACAUUAUAUUAAGAAAUUUACAAUCCAAUUCAUAGUGCAUAAUACCUGAAUAUUUUAUAAAUACUAAUAAAAGUUUAAAUGUGAAGCUAUAGAAGAAAAAAUUAUGUUCUACCUUCUAUGGUAUUUGAAAUCGCGUACCAACUUUAAUGAAGAUAUGAGUUUCAAAUGAGGAAUUUUAGUUAGUACAAUGUUCUAAUAUAUAUAUAUAUAUAUAUAUAUACUUUCUAUACAAUAUUGUCUGAGAGAGAUGAGUGAUAAAGUGCAAGAAAGAAACAGAAGGGGGGAGCUCACCUCUCCCUUAUAACUAUCAGUCUUUCACUUUCUCUUUCUUUUGGACCCAAGAUUUUUUCUUCGUGCAUUAUUGUGGGUUGAAUAGAUUUGUGUUCAAAUUUUAGAAAACAUUGUCAAGUGAUAGCAUUGUUUCAAGACAAACAGUGAUGCUCUCUCUCUCUCUCUCUCUCUCACUCACACACACACACACACACACUAUUAUUGCAGUUCUCAGAGAAGUGUAUACUGGAUUUAGUGAGUAGAAAUUUCAUUUAAUUUCCAAUGUUUAUUUUAAUUUAGCAUCAUCGUUUAAUCAACGUGUGUCAAUGAAAGUUUAACUCUUAUGUAAUACAUACAUAUGUACAAAAUUCUAACUUGGCUAAAUAUUUAUAUUCAAUAUUGCCAUUACCAUUGUUCUCUUUAUUAGUAUUGUUAUUUUACCAACACUAUGGCGCUGGGGGACAAACUAUUUCCAAGCCAUUAUACAACUUUUUGUUUCCAAUAGCAUCUAAUUCACUUCACUUAUGCCUCUCAUACCUUUCCCUAAUGCAUGGUUAUCAUGCAGUCCUAUUUCUCUCCUUUAUAAAUUGUAGCUUUUUGCAUAAAUAGGUAAUCUGUCUUGUUUGCAUGUGUGUAUAAGUCUUUAUUAGUGUUAGGCAGUCAGUCACGCGGCUGAUUUUAUAAAGUACCAGACUAAAUUCUUUGUAGUUAUUACUUUGUUUCUUUUAUGUUCAUAUUCAAGUCUUCAUCUUUCCUUUGUCUGGAUUCACUAAAAUGAGUACCAGCAAUGUACUUUAAUCAGUUCAGUUGACUGUACCUUCUCUCUGUAUAAAUAUGUGACUUGUCCCAAAUUUAGGAAUUUUUGUCUUGUCUGCUGGUGUUCUUAGUGCUAUGACUGCUAGAAGAAUAUUAAACCAUCCCAACUGUUAUAUAAAUGUCUUUUGCUGUCAAUUAUUAUACUAGUGGUACUGCAUCUCAAGUAUUUUAUACAAAUUAUGCUAAGCUAGAUUCUAUUGAUACUGGCUCACUAGCUCUACUACAUUGGCAAAAGCAGACUUUUAAAUUGGAAAAAUCAAAUGUUUUUUCUGAAAGAAAUCAAAUCCUAACAGUUUCUCUUGUGCAGCUAAUCAUAUUGAGAAAGGCAUGACUGUUAUAUAAUCUUAAUCUAAUAAUGCUAUAAAUCUAAAUGUCUUUAAUUCUAAUAAAAUAAUUGACUGCGAUGUCUGUCGUAUAUUUAACGUCAUAAGUAACAUGUAGCUGUAUCACAUUAAAAGAGCUAGUAGUCAUAUUAUACAUUCAGUGAUAGAAAGCUGGCUGUCAACAGUUGUACAAAUGAAAGAGAUAGCAUUGUAGCCAUCAGGGUGAAUUGACACUCAAGACAAUGUUGUAAGUGAAUGGUUUAGACUAGACUUAUUGAGGGAUAUGCUCAUGUGCCUGAACUGAUAAAAAAGAUGGUGUCUACUGCUAAUAUUACUACUACUACAAAUACAAAAUACUCCAAUAGCUUCAAACUUUGGUCAUAUGACUCAGCUUGUUCCUUUUAAUAUCAGUGUCUUCUCUUUAGAAUAAAUAAAUGUUCUGCAUCUUAUCUAUCAUUUCCAUUCGCUUGACAUUCAGUCUAUCAUUGCAGUCUGUCUCUUUAUGGAAUAUAUAUAUAUAUAUAAAUAUAUAUUACGGAGAUGUACUUGCAUAGCAAGUGACCUGAUCUGAGAUCGGGUGCUGGAACGAAAACAAUUGCAGCGUGGAAGGUGUUUAUAAGCCAUUUAAGAAACACACAAAAACCGUUGGAUUCACUUCAACAUUUAAAUUCAAUUUGCCAAAAUAUUUUCGUCGCUUUGAGACCGCAACCUGUUCACUGACAAAAUUCCGUGCUGCAUCUUAAAUGGCUUAUAAACACCUUCCACGCUGCAAUUAUAUAUAUAUGUAGGUAUGUUGAUGCAGACAGGAAAAAUAAAACUCAAAAUGUGAGUUUUCUUUUUCUUUUUUAUUUAUUUAUUUCAGUCAUUUGACUGCGGCCAUGCUGGAGCACCACCUUUUAGUCGAAUAAAUCGACACCAGGACUUAUUCUUUGUAAGCCUAGUACUUAUUCUAUCAGUCGCUUUUUGCCGAACUGCUAAGUUACAGGUUUUGCUUGAAGACCCUGUGCACCCACAAGCAAAAUUCAGAGCAGCGAGAGACUUACUCAGCCGAAAUAGAAUAGUGUGUGAAAGGCUUGAAAUAUACGUUCAGAUGCUUUCAUCUGGAACUGACAUGAAAUGGAAUCAUUCUACAAAGUGAACCCAGGCCUAACAGCAUCUCAUUUGUCCUGUCAAUGCACUUCUGCUUGACUUCCUAUUAUUGAAAAUUUUACAUGAGUGUCUUUCAAAUAGACAUAUAAGUAGUUGACAGUUUAGUGUAUCAUUCUGGCCAUAGGGUGAAAGCACAGGUGUGUAACACAGUUCACUAUGUAAUCACACACUAUACUUUUUGGUUGUUUUAUAACGCAUAUCACUUUGUGCCAACCAAUACCACGUAAGUGGAAUUUAUAAACAAAAAUUGUCAGGAAAUCCAUUGUGUGUUUGGACACAUUUGUAUGUUUGUGUGAAUGUUCACAUUUUAACAUUUUUGCAGAUUUCCUGAGCAAAAAGUGAUGUGAUGUUUAUAUUCUCUGUAAAUGUAAACAUUCCUUUAGCUCUGCAAUUUUGGAGUCGAUUGGAAUGUAAAAAGUCCCUUACUUGGAAAAAAAAAAAACCCAGGUAAACAAUUAUUUAUAAGGAGUGCAUUCAACCAUAAAAUACCAA